UUCACAAAUAUACAUCCAUGUUUCAUCUCAUUUCCCUCUUCUUCUUUUUCCUCUUACUCCACCCUUCUUCACCAACAACAACAACCAUCUCAAAACAAUUCAAAGAAGCACCACAAUUCUAUAAUUCCCAAGAAUGCCCUUCACUAAUUAGUACUAAUGAUGAUUCAAUUGUUCAUGUAGCCAUGACCCUAGAUUCGGCUUAUAUCCGCGGCUCAAUGGCUGCAAUCCUUUCCAUCUUACAACACUCCACAUGCCCCGAAAACAUUUCAUUUCAUUUUGUCACAUCUGCUUCAUCAAACACUUCAAUUUUACGCGCCACAAUCGCGAAUUCUUUCCCUUACCUAAAAUUUAACGUAUACCCUUUUGAGGAUUCCUUUGUUUCGGGCCUAAUUUCAACUUCUAUACGUGCUGCCCUUGAUUGCCCAUUAAAUUAUGCAAGAAGUUAUCUUGCUAAUAUACUUCCUCUUAAAGUAAGCAAAGUUGUUUAUCUAGAUUCGGAUAUUGUACUUGUUGAUGACAUCAUCAAACUUGUUGCUACACCUCUAGGCGAUUCCAUUCUUGCGGCGCCAGAGUAUUGUAAUGCCAACUUUACGUUCUAUUUUACGCCGACUUUUUGGUCUAAUCCAUCUUUAUCAAAAACUUUUGAUGGACGAAAACCGUGUUAUUUUAAUACCGGAGUUAUGGUUAUGGAUUUAGACCGGUGGCGUGAGGGAGACUACACAAGAAAAAUUGAAGAAUGGAUGGAGUUGCAAAAAAGAAUGAGGAUUUAUGAACUUGGUUCUUUGCCUCCUUUUUUGCUUGUUUUUGCCGGGAAGAUAGCGCCGGUGAACCACCGGUGGAACCAACAUGGGCUAGGUGGGGACAACUUUCGUGGGCUUUGUCGAGAUUUGCAUCCGGGCCCGGUUAGUUUGUUGCAUUGGAGUGGGAAGAGUAAGCCUUGGGUUAGACUUGAUGCUGAGAGGCCAUGUCCAUUGGAUGCUCUUUGGGCACCUUAUGAUCUUUUGAAACCUCCAUUUUCAUUUGAUUCUUGAACAUUUUUAUAAUGGAAUGUGAAGAUUAUUUUUUUUAAUAUGUA